AUGUCUGAGUUGAACAUGUCUGAGAUGAACAUGUCUGAGAUGCCCAUGUCUGAGAUGAACAUGUCUGAGAUGCCCAUGUCUGAGAUGAACAUGUCUGAGUUGAACAUGUCUGAGAUGAACAUGUCUGAGAUGCCCAUGUCUGAGAUGAACAUGUCUGAGAUGCCCAUGUCUGAGAUGAACAUGUCUGAGUUGAACAUGUCUGAGAUGAACAUGUCUGAGAUGCCCAUGUCUGAGAUGAACAUGUCUGAGAUGCCCAUGUCUGAGAUGAACAUGUCUGAGAUGAACAUGUCUGAGAUGAACAUGUCUGAGAUGAACAUGUCUGAGAUGAACAUGUCUGAGAUGCCCAUGUCUGAGAUGAACAUGUCUGAGUUGAACAUGUCUGAGAUGAACAUGUCUGAGAUGCCCAUGUCUGAGAUGAACAUGUCUGAGAUGAACAUGUCUGAGAUGCCCAUGUCUGAGAUGAACAUGUCUGAGUUGAACAUGUCUGAGAUGAACAUGUCUGAGAUGCCCAUGUCUGAGAUGAACAUGUCUGAGAUGCCCAUGUCUGAGAUGAACAUGUCUGAGAUGAACAUGUCUGAGAUGAACAUGUCUGAGAUGAACAUGUCUGAGAUGAACAUGUCUGAGAUGAACAUGUCUGAGAUGAACAUGUCUGAGAUGAACAUGUCUGAGAUGAACAUGUCUGAGAUGAACAUGUCUGAGAUGAACAUGUCUGAGAUGCCCAUGUCUGAGAUGAACAUGUCUGAGAUGCCCAUGUCUGAGAUGAACAUGUCUGAGUUGAACAUGUCUGAGAUGAACAUGUCUGAGAUGCCCAUGUCUGAGAUGAACAUGUCUGAGAUGAACAUGUCUGAGAUGAACAUGUCUGAGAUGAACAUGUCUGAGAUGAACAUGUCUGAGAUGCCCAUGUCUGAGAUGAACAUGUCUGAGUUGAACAUGUCUGAGAUGAACAUGUCUGAGAUGCCCAUGUCUGAGAUGAACAUGUCUGAGAUGCCCAUGUCUGAGAUGAACAUGUCUGAGUUGAACAUGUCUGAGAUGAACAUGUCUGAGAUGCCCAUGUCUGAGAUGAACAUGUCUGAGAUGCCCAUGUCUGAGAUGAACAUGUCUGAGAUGAACAUGUCUGAGAUGAACAUGUCUGAGAUGAACAUGUCUGAGAUGAACAUGUCUGAGAUGAACAUGUCUGAGAUGAACAUGUCUGAGAUGCCCAUGUCUGAGAUGCCCAUGUCUGAGAUGAACAUGUCUGAGAUGAACAUGUCUGAGAUGCCCAUGUCUGAGAUGAACAUGUCUGAGUUGAACAUGUCUGAGCUGAACAUGUCUGAGAUGCCCAUGUCUGAGAUGAACAUGUCUGAGAUGCCCAUGUCUGAGAUGAACAUGUCUGAGAUGCCCAUGUCUGAGAUGAACAUGUCUGAGAUGCCCAUGUCUGAGAUGAACAUGUCUGAGUUGAACAUGUCUGAGAUGAACAUGUCUGAGAUGAACAUGUCUGAGAUGAACAUGUCUGAGUGA